CCCGCCGCCGCCGCCGCCGCCGCUGCCGCCAUGUCGCCGCUCGCCCGCUCGCUGCUCGCGCUCGCCGCGCUGCUCGCCGCCGCCGACGCACAGUACCGCCAAUGCACCACAAAAUCUUGGGGUACAACAACUAGAAAUCCUGUACCACUAUUGCCAAUACACGUAGCAUACCCGGGGGGACUAAUACGAAUUCCUAAUGAUAGCUGCGAAAAUGGGAUACUUGCAGGUGGAAAGAUAAAGUGUUGCAACUCCACCCCGAACGGCAAAUAUCCUCCACCCGACAUCGAAAUCUCUGACGGCAUCGACGUUCGUCUUGCUGAUCCCAUGGGAUGCGACUGUUCCAUCACGGAAUACUGUCCCUGAUUAUAAUAAGAUAUACAACGUUCACGUCUUAUAUACGGAUCACCCGUUUUCAUUGAUAGAUAAGAUAUGUAUAUUAGAUAUGGCUAUUGAUAAACGGAUACCACUUUUGUUUACUUUUAAUUUAUUUUGUGUCAUUAUGUUUGUAUAAAUGCAACGUGCACUAGCUGUUUACUGCUGUGACUCUUUGUUUAAGACUCACAGAAUAAUUUUAUUGUUAUUGUUAUACUGGAAUUACUCAAAUUCACUUUUGACUUUUUCUAAAUUGUUACUUUAUUUUUUGUAAAGUGCCCUGUGAAGAUUAUGUCAUAGUAUGUAUUCAAAUAAAGGUUUCAUUGCA